AUGCAGACGGAGUGGCUGGUGCCGCUGGCGCAGCCCCGGCAGAAGAAGCAGCGCUGCGAGCUCUGCCUCGGCCCCGCCACGGUCCGCUGCGCCGCCUGCCUGGUCACCUACUACUGCGAUGUGGAUCACCAGAACGCCGACUGGAUCAGCAUCCACGCCAAGAUCUGCCGGCUGCUCAUCCCGCUGCGGGCGGCUCCCCCCUUCUACACCUCGGAGAAAGAAAGGAAACUCGGAGAGGAGCAGAAGCGGAACCGAGAGAUCUUCCUGGCUGAAGUGACCUUUGAGACGGCCCAGAAUUUCCUGCUGGAAGGCCACCACGAAGACGCCAUCCCGGCCGCUCUCCACUCCCUGAAGUUCAGUAUCAGCAUCUACGGGCCGGACUCGGCGGAGUUGGUCCCUGCCUACCUGGCCUUAGCCGAGACCAGCUUGGGCCUGGGGCACCUCUCACAAGGCGAAGAGUAUCUCUCCCAAGCCCAGUGGAUUGUCCUCAAGAGCCCCCACUGCAGCUACAACAUUCAGUCCAAGCUGCAUCGCAACCUCGGGCUUCUGUACGCCGCCAGGGGGAACUUCGACGACUCUUUGUACCACCUGGCCAACGACGUAUAUUUUGCGUGUUGCGCUUUUGGGACGACGAGCAACGUGGCCAUCUCCGGAGGCUAUUUCCACAUGGCCAACGUUUUCUCCCGCCAGAAUAAGAUGGACAUUGUGGAUUCCUUGUAUGCUGAGGUGGUCAAUCUCUGGCACGAUCACUUCAGCCACUUUGUUGGAAUCCAGUACCAAAAACUCAUCACUCCCACUGAGGUGGACCUGCUCUCUGUAGAAGACGGGAGAGAGGAAGACGUACUGGAUGAGAAGCAGCGGGCCGAAGCAACGGAGAUGCUGAACUCCAUCUUGCAUUUCCGAGAACAGUCUCUCAGGCCACAGCCAGAGAAGGAAGCCAAACUUCUGCACGCGUUGGCCAUGUUUCAUUUCUUGGUCCACGAUUUGGCAAAGGCGGACGAAUUUGUGAUGAGGUUUCUACAAACCGCCAAGGCUCUGCCCACCCGCGACCCAGGCGAGUCGCUUUACCACUUGGUGAAACUGAUCAAAUCCAGAGAAGAGCAAAAGAAAUAGCUUCUCGCAGCAGGGUGACAGCUUCCAGGGAGCAGUCAAAGGCACGGAGCCAUCUGUGAGGCUGUUUCACACUGUGUGGGGAAGGGGUGUACACAGGCAGCAUCCAGAGACCCCGUUUAAUGGACUGUUCGGCCGCAGGGGAUGUCUGCUACUUCUAAUCAUUCAUUAAAUCCAUGCUCUGAUUGUCCAUGUCAUUUCAAACUGACCCAAAUGAAAAUUGU